GAUUCAUUUACAAAAGACAAAGAAAUUAAUGAAACACAUGCUUCGAAAUUGCCUCAGUUGUCUGUGCCUUUUUUAUUUCAUUUCCUUCAUAACAUACACCAAGGCAGAAUCUGCAUUUGGAAAAGAACGUAUUUUCUUCCACUUUUUAACUGGAAAUGGGUCAUAUCACACACCAAGAAUUUACCCACAAUAUUUGAUGGAUGCUCAUAGGCUACAUAAAGCAAUUAUCAAAAAAAAUGCUGAUAUCAUUAUAUGUAUUCUGGGCAGACGAACAAAUUAUGAAAGACAAGAAAUCAAAGAUUAUUAUACAAAAUUUUAUGUUCAAACUCUUGAACAGCGUAUGAGUCGACUGUCUGAUGAAAAUUUCCGAAAUCUUGUUUUAAGUCUCCUGAAAGACUUACCGAAUUAUUUAGCUGAAUUACUUCGUGUUGCAUUAUACUCUGAUAAAUUUUCUACUGUUACUUAUACGUCGAUUGGUUUAUGGAAUGUUGAAGCAUUCACAGUUAAGGAGAUUUAUGAUAAGAGCAAUCAAAGUGAUUUACUGAAAGAUAUUACAGAAACAACAUGUGGAGAAUACCAGAAUGGACUAAAAUGCUUAUUCACAACAAAUCGUGAAAACAUACCAAUCCAACGCAAAACUAAGGAUGAUAAUGUACGUUGGACCCCUGCUGUCUAUCCAGAAUCAGCUAUGACAGAUGCCAAGGUUUUAUAUGAGUCUCUUCACAGGCCUGAAUGUCUUUGUGGUGGAAAUACAACAGAUAUAUUUUGUGAGGUGGCACCUUUUCAGCUGAAUCUAACGGCUGCAAUUUAUAAGCAACUAUAUGGAACGAACCUGGAGGACGACAUAAUUAAAUCUACAAGUGGAAAUCAACGAGAAUUGUAUUUAGCACUGCUAAGAUAUGGAACAAGCAGAGGAGAAUUGUAUGCAAAGCUACUUCAUGCAGUGCUAACGAAAGCAGAGGUGGAUUAUGAAGUGCUUAAUCGUAUCGUCAUCACACGAUCAGAAAUUGACAUGGACGACAUAAUACAAGCGUACAGAAGACUUUAUGGAAGGCCUUUAGCUGACCAAAUAGCAUCUAGAACUAAAGGAUACUACAGAUUGUUGCUGCUCACAUUAUUGGGUCACAAUCAAAAAUGUCCCUUCUAUCCUAUUGAAAAGUGUUAA